AAAAUGUAUUAGGAAGGCCUCAAUCAUGCUAAGAGAGCAUGUGGUUCACAAAAAAGAAGGGUGGGGUAUUUGAUUACAAUCAAACAUGGUACCAAGGUCAUGUGGGAUGGUUCCCAAAUGAUCCCAUUUAAUUUGGGGUCCAAAAUAUCUACCAAUACUUCCAAAAAUGAGAAGAUGGGUCCUAUUGUUUUAUCUUUGUCAAAAGAUGUCUUUUUUUGUACUCAUUCUAACUUAUUUAGAGCAAGUCAACUUCCUAAAUCACAUUAUUGAUCUCCAAUAUGUGUAGGCUCAUCCCAAUAAUUUACACGAUGAAAAUUACAAAAGAAUGCGGGUUUGAACAAUACAAUAUUCAAUCAUGUACUUCGUAAAAUAUUAAUCGUUUCUUCCAUUGCUUUGAAAUCGGAAAUUCAAUACAUCACUUUUGAAUUUUUAAAUCGAAUUUUCAAGGACGUUCGGGUGCGGUGUCACACUGCUGAUAAUAUUUAUAUUCUCAUUGAGCGUAUUUUAAUUGAGUAUAAUUUGAUUGAUAAGGUGUUUGGUUUUGAUAAUGCUAGUAAUAAUACUGCUGUUAUACCUAGAUUGCGUGAAUUGUGUGGUGCUUCUACAUUGAUGAGUAGGUUUUUUCAUCAACGUUGUGCAUGUCAUAUUCUAAAUUUGUGUGUACAAGAUGGGUUAGCGGCAUUAGGAGAUGCUUUGGAGGUAGUGAAGGGGGGAAUUAAGGGAGUGUUUGAGAUUGCUUCAACUUUAAAAAAGUGAUUUUUUAAAGUGAUUUUGGGAAAAGUGAUUAAUAGUAAAAGUUGGUAGUGUUUGACAAAAAAAGUGAUUCUGAAAAAGUAAAAGUUGGUAGUGGUUGGUAAAAUAAUUACUUUUUGUGUAAUAGAAAAAGUGAGAAGCAGUUUAAAGCGCCCUUCUACCUGCUUCCAGCUUUUAGCUUUUAAGUGAUUAAAUUAAGCAGAAGCUAUCAUUUGAAAACACUCUUUUCAACUUUUUUUAAGCCAAAAGCUGAAAAGCGCUUUUUUUAAUCAAUCCCAAACACUCCUUAAAUUGAUUUGAGCUAACACUCCACUAAAAAUGCAAUGACGGCAAUAUUUGAAGGAUAGACGUGUCAAUUAUUGUGCUUUUCCUAAAGAUUUGUCUAUUCAUUGGAAUAGUACUUAUAACUUAAUUCAAGUACUUAUUAGAUAUAAAGAUCAUUUUCCUGCUUUUUUAAGACAAUCUUAUAACUAUAUUAUAAACCCGGCUGACAUCGACACUUGUGAAAAAAUUGUUAAUGUUUUGGUAUAUUUUAAUAACGCAACUCAAACUUUUAGUCAUAUUUAUAAACCUACCGCAAACAAUUUUUUUGUUGAAACUGUUAAUCUCACCGGCGCUUUUUGUGAAUUUUCCGAUGCCGCUUACGUUAGUUAUUUUUGUGAUUCAUGAAACAAAAGUUUUUAAAAUAUUAUUCACAUAUUCCGCAUAUAUAUGGUAUUGCAUUUGUUCCUGAUCCUCGUUAUAAACUUGCUUACUUGGGAACUUGUAUAGAUUACUAUUAUGUUUUUUUUUUCAACUCAAGAGUUCGAUGAUAAUCCCAUCGACCCUAAACAAGAAUACAACGAGGUUAGUAAUUUAUUUCAUCAAUUGUAUAAUGAAUUUCAUGCACAAUAUGGUAAUGCACCCCCUCCCAUGCCGCGAACAUCUUCUUCAUCUAAAGGAAAAUCACUUUUAAAAUCUACAUUUGGUUCUCUAUUGAAAAAAAGUAGAGCAACUCCCGCUACUGAACAAAGCUCAGUUAACGAGCUUUCUUUGUAUCUAACAUUGAAUGUUGAUUAUGAAGUUGGGGAUGACUUUGACGUUCUUAAGUGGUGGAAGGAAAAUGAAAGAACGUUCCCGAUUUUAUCAAUGCCGAUAUCAACAGUUGCCGUGGAACAAGAAUUUUGUGCGGCUGGCAACGUCCGAACCGAUUAUAGAACGAGGUUGAGCCCGAGCUCUCUUGAGACGCUAGUUUGCUUCCACGAUUGGUUGAAGGCCCAACGAAGAACUCAAGAAAUGACCAUCGCUCCCACCCGCCACUUUAUGGAGGAAACAACCACCGAAGGCGGAGAUUCCGAUUGAUUUUUUAUUACAAAAUGUAUUACAUUUAUUAAAUUCGUCCUAAUUCUCAAUUGUACUUCUUAUUUGUAAUAAAUAUAUGAAAUACUAAAAGACGAAGGGUUAGAGGGUCUGGCGAUUCUGGCCACUCAUCGGGAGUCCGGCGUUAAAGCCGGCGAUAGAACUGAGACCACAGCCGCCGGAGCAGGGAUUUCAAUUCUUUUCGGUUCUUUCGUCACACCUAUAGCCGAGACUGACCAACAACGCACAAAUGCGACCUCAGACUUCCAGGCUAAAAAGGGGAUCUGCCAUGGAUCUACAUUCGAGGAAGGGACUGCAAUAGGACGACCAGCUACUCGACCGGAACUAGACGGGACCUCACCAAACCCAAAUACCCAACGAUGGAGACAGGAUAUCAAUAGAUCCCGAGUAGGCCUCAAACCAUCGACGAUGCACUGGGAACGGCGUCUGUCAGCUCGGGGGUCUGGGAACCACUAUUGGAGAAGCAUAGAUGCAGGCCAUCCAUGGAGAAGAUAUGAUCAUCCAAGCAUGAAGUUUUCCAUUACACAGUCCCGACGAGCAUCAUCGACUGUAGAGCAACGAGUCAGGGGGAUUCCUUCUCACGAGAGGCGCAGGACAGAUGCUCGUGAUGCAAACCAUCGAUGGAGAGGCUGCGGAGGACAGAGUAAGAAGUUUCCUCAAUCCCGGCUAGCUCUAGUUGGGCGAGAUGUACAUCAUCGCAGGAGGACUCCAAUUGCACACAGGCAGCGCAAGACAGAUUUCAACUACAGGGGGAGCCAAUCAGCUGUGGAGUACACAGAUUUAUGUGGUAAUUCUCUCCAUCAACCUGGGAGGUUAAAAAACUGUUCUGAUGGAUUUAUUGAAAGUAAAUAUUUUUCCUUUCAAGCAUCAGAUUCACACAUUCGCAUUACAGAAACAAAACAUGGGUUAUUUUCUAGUAUUGAUUUUGAUAGUGAUGGUGCCAUUUGGUUGAUUAAAUGUUUGCCAAAGCUUCGAUCUGGAAAAGUCAUAUCAAGAAUAGUUUUAAGCAAAUGCAUCACUCUUCUUUUGGAUGGCAAUCAUUUUGGGGGAUAUGUAAGAAUUUUUUCAGGCUCAGACUCUAUCUUCAUACCGGAAGGUAAAAAUGGGGUUGGUAUCACUAGGUUCAUUGCAGGUCUUUCACGGGCUAUCUCUACAAUCACGGAAUCAGCUCCUAAGCAGGAACAUUCGCGAACUGUCGAACAAAAUCCAAAUGGGACUUUUUCUACAGAUGUUGAAAUCAUCAACGAUGUCAUUAAGCGCAUGGAUUGCUAUUCUAUGGAGACCAAGGAGCUUACUAUUUCAGAUGUCCUAGUGCAUGCUGAUUCAGUACUUUCUGGGAGAACUCACAACACUUUGGGCAUUUCUCAUACAAUCUCAUCUUUUGAUCCUUCUCAUUUUUGUUCCGUGUUAGAUCAUUCUAUUUCAGAGCUGAAAUCAUUUCUUCAGGAUAUUAUGAACUCGAGUGUGACCAAUUUGACAACUUUCCUUUCCAAGGAGUAUGAGCGUAUUAUGACACAACAUCAUGAGAGUAAAAAAUAUGAGGAUGGGCUUGCCAUUGAGCAAAGCAAGGAUGGAAAUGGGGGCGCUCAGUCAGAAGAAAUCAAAGAAAACACAGUAUAUACGGAGCGGCGCUUUGAACACUCGGAUUUUUCAGAUUGUGAUAUUCUGGAGCAUGGCUCCUCAAGGGGAAUUGGAGAGUAUGUUGAUUCAGAUUUCGGGGAUACAUAUCUUGGACACACUUCAGAUAACGAAAAGCGGACUCCUAUAUCAACGGUAGAUGAUUUAUGGGAUUUUGACACUAAUCAGAAUAUUUGUAAUAAAGCAUUACUUGUCACAAGGGAUAACUGUUUGCCUACAAGUAAUCUGAAUCUGCAAAUGAAAACUUACAAAAAGAGGACUCCACAUUCACAUCGUAUGAAAACACGAUCUCAAACUCGCAAGGAGCGUUGAUGUUGAUAAAGG